ACGGUUAUCACGAAUUUUUCGAACUCAGAACGUUUACAUCAUUUUGUUUUUUUUUGCAUAAAAUGCACUACUGUGGUGAACUGUUUAAUUGGAGUUUGGCGUUUAUGAGGCGCGUUGGCUAUUUUGAUCAGCAUCGUCUCGCAGGCCUUUUCCUUAUAUCUCCAAUAUUUUUAUGUCUGACGGCAUAUUAUCGCACUUACGUCAUUCGGAAUGAUUUCGAUGAAGUUAUUGUGAAUUUAUUUAAAAUAUCCGGUGCUACUGUAACGACAGCUCGCACCUUUAUUGUGAUGUAUAAGGCGCAGAAGUUCUUGAACUUUUUCGAAAGUAUUGAUAAAUGGUACCAAGAGCUGCAGUGCGAAGGUAAUGAAAUUACAUUGAAUAAAGCGCACGAAUAUACUCGAAAGAUCAAAAAGGCUACAAAAACGGUAUUAAUACUCACGAGUAUUACACUAUUUUACGUUAUCUUUAUACAGUUGUUAGCAACAGUUGGUGUUGGAUAUAAAAAAUUACUCGUGGAUGUCGCGUUCCCGGGUAUCGAUUUGUAUAAAAGUCCAUUUUGGGAAAUAAUGUCCAUUAUGCAAAGCUUAUGUAUUGCGCCAAUUACACUUUUUUCGUAUGUCUCAUAUUUUUGCUUGUUUUUAAUAGCCAUUGCCUUUGGCAUAUUCUUGAUGAAAGAUCUGCAGAGCAAAUUGGAAAGUAUGAACGAUAUGACCGACGUCGAAGCAUUGGAAUGUAUUAAUAAAUGCGUUAAAGAUCAUAUUAUGAUUAUAAAGUAUCACAAUGAUCUGGAAGUAUUAUUUUCAGUUGGAAGCUCUGCCGAUGUUUGCAUUUUCGGUAUAAUACCUUGUGUCAUAAUUGUUUUUUCAACAAUGGACCACGAUAUGUCACUGUUGAUUGCCGACAUUCAGCUGUCUCUUAUGGUUAUGAUUUCGACAUUCAUUAUCUUCUGGGUGGCCAAUAAUUUCUGUUGCGAGAGUGAAAAAAUAGCUAAUGCGGCCUACAAUUGUAAUUGGGAAGACCGUAACAAGGAAUUUCGUAAAUACAUUCCACUAAUUAUCAUUAUCAGUCAGAGACCAUUGCAGCUCACUGCUGGUGGCUUAAAACCUAUUAAUAUGGAGUUUUUCCUAACAAUGGUGCGCUGCACUUAUUCACUCUUCACCGUUCUAAUAACAAUGAAGACGGAAGGCGAUUCUUAAUCACUGAUUAACUUAUAUUAAUAAUAUUUUGUAGAUGUCAGUUUAUGUAGUUGUGUAUACAAAAUAUAAUAAACAGAACAAAAUAUAAAUUGAUUACUUAGUCUUAUAAGUCAAGCUCAAUAAAUUAUAUUUUAUAA